ACGUUCAGGUGGCCUGCUGGGAUAAAAAUCAAUGUUUCGGCCCAUCAAAGGCAACAGCCCAUAUCUUGUGAGCCCACAAAAGGCUCCACCCUCGCGAAGUUCUGUUCGAGCGCCGGCGUACCAACUACUAAUCCACUGACGACGAUGGAAUCGAGGAUGAGGAAGUCGAAAUCAAGUUGUUCAGGAAGCUGUUGAAAUGAUGGAAUGCAUUGGUUGAGAGAGAGAGAUUUAGAUGAAAUUGGAAAUGGCAGAUUGUGCUGUUAUACCGUCGUGUGCCCGUGUGUCAAUCCGGAGAAAUCGGUCCAUGACGAACCUUUAUGUUCCGAGGAGCACGAAUGUGAUUUCAUCAAGAAGGACAUGUCUAUUCUUCAAGAAUGCUUAUUUUAGUUCUCGUGUUCCGUCACUUAGAAAAAGCCAAAGGCUGAAACCGCUUAGCAAGAGUUCCCUAAGAUGUUAUUGUUUAGGGGCAUUGAUGGAUCCUGAGAGCAUCGCACCAUCAGGGUUGGCUUCUUAUUAUGACGAGGCACUUCUUGUCGUCAGUGUAAUUUUUGCAUACAUGGCAGGAGCAAUACCCCAGAAUAGGAUCAUCCCUGGUACUGGAAGUAACAACAUUGACCAGAAUACUCCAUCUUCGAGCUCGAACCCUUAUGAAUCUUUCACAAAUGAUGACAUGGGAUCAAAGUCAAAUGACUCAUGGAGUGAAGUCAAAGGAAAAUUGCUGGAUGCUCUGAAUGCAAAUGAGCAUGGUUAUGGCUUCAGUAGUAAAACUGUGGAAUCCGAAAUUCAUAGUAAAACAUGUCCCUUAAGUUUGUUUGCGCUGGCUGAAGGUCCAAGAUUGCGAUUGCUUUCGGCCUCUCUGCAGCAACUCCAAAAAGAGGUCAGUGAUAUCUCACUAGCACGUGAAACUGAUAACAGGGAUGUCUGGCUAGUGGUUGCAUCAGAAGUUAUAAAAGGAUCAAUUCGGCCAGCAUGUAGCAAAUGGCUGGAAGAGGAGCUUACCCUGGAAAUUGGAGACUCUGACAUGAUGCUGAUAAAUCAAAUUUCUGAGAAGUUGAAGGGAGAUGAUACAGUAUUACAGAACAUCGAUAGAUCAGGAAAGGAAGAACUAUAUGCCGAUUUGCUGUUUUUCCUUAGAUUUGGUUGUAUCAGGACUACAUGCUGCUACGAUUCCAAAUUUCUAACACAACAUGGGAUUGAUAUUCUAGAAGAUUUGGUGAUUAUGUUGGCGGAUGGAAUUGCUAGCACUUACCUAGAGCUUAUUUCUGUGGACAGUAACAUGUCUACUGAAAUAAAUGCCAUGGGUUUAACUUUGUGUUCUUUGUCGACUAGAGAACUUCAGAGAUUGCGUAAUGAGGUGGCACUAAACCGGUGGUUGCUGCAAAACUUUGAGUCAGUUGUCUCAAUGUACGAGGAUCGGUUUACGUUGUCUGUGUUCUGCAGCCAAAAACAUGAGGAUCCACUCGAUAGUCAAAGUGAAAAAUAUACUUGGUGGAAGAAAUUUACUUUCAGGAAGGCAGCGACACUGCCCUCAUUGAAUUAUAUUCUGAUCAGUCCAGUUUCUUUGCCAGUCAAACGGACUAAGGAGCUAAGAGCCUUGAUUGGAUGGAGGUACUACUUCAGCUUGUUUCUGGAAUUUUCUGAUAUAAUGAUGCCUUUGGUAAAAACAAUUUUCACCAAGGUCAGGAAUGCUGUGUCUUUUCUUCUUAUGUGUAUGAUUGGGAGAUCUUUGGGGCUUAUUUUCACCGGGAUAAGACAGUCGUUGGGGUGGAGGUGAACUUUUUUUUGUGUGGAUAUUUUCCUUUUUCAUUAUUCUUCUUUUCAUCUUUUACCGCAACAUGUACCAUUUGUGCACAAUAGCCUGUGAUUCUUCAAGUAUAAUGAAGAGGCUAAAAGAAAAUAGUACAAGUACAUUUCUUAUAUCAUUACCGAUGCUCACUCCUUUUUGUUGCGCAUCCUUCUAUUCUUUCGCAUAUGAAGUGAGCUUGUGAAGCAGUCGCCUUCUGAUUGUGUGGAAUAAUGUGUUUAUUCAAGGCAUCAACUUUCUAACUUGUGA